AUGUCGUAUAUGCUUCCGCAUUUGGAGAAUGGAUGGCAAGUAGACCAGGCCAUUUUAGCCGAAGAGGAUCGCGUUGUGGUUAUCCGUUUCGGGCACGAUUGGGAUCCAACUUGUAUGCAAAUGGACGAGACGCUUUUCAAAAUUGCGCCAAAAGUCAAAAACUUUGCUGUUGUGUACUUAGUGGAUAUUACCAAAGUUCCGGAUUUCAACAAAAUGUACGAAUUGUAUGAUCCGUGUACCGUAAUGUUCUUCUUCCGCAACAAACACAUCAUGGUGGAUUUGGGAACUGGUAACAACAACAAAAUCAAUUGGGCAAUCAACGAUGGGCAAGAAUUGAUUGAUAUCAUUGAGACUGUUUACAGAGGAGCAAGGAAAGGUCGAGGUUUGGUAAUUUCUCCAAAAGACUAUUCGACAAAGUACAAGUAUUAA